AUGGAAUCAGCUCCACCUUCUCCUCGCGCGUCUGAAAUUCUAAAUCCACUCUUCACACAAUCCAAUUCAUCAAGUGGCAACACGUUUGAUUGUUGGCACAUAUUUGAUGAAACAUUCAUUCCUGAUGCUUCUCCUCAUCAACCUUCUCAAUGGCCAAGUAAUGAUAAAAUGGUUUCCACCUCUCAAAGUGAUACUACUCAUGAUGCUACAUCACUAAUGGCUACUCAUCAUUCCUAUGGAGCUACUCAAGACUUGAAUGUGCCUUUAGAACUAGACUCUCAUGCGUGGUUUUCUGACUCAGAUAUUCAGGCCAUUGGAUCCUCUAAAUGUCAUUCCAUGGCAUCUAAGGUUACCUCUCUUGAAGGCGCUCAUGACUCUGAUGAUCUGUACAGAUUCUUCUCAUUGCUUGUGAAAAAGACAACAUCUUCAAUUUCUGGUGGGAUUCAAGUCACAUCUCCAACUGUCAAUAAUGAUGUGCAAAGUCAAGCUAGUACCAGUUCUAUUCUUUCUAUUUGGCACCGUAGGCUUGGUCACGCCCACUAUGAGGCAAUUAGGUUUGAAGAGAGCUUUAGACUUGCAUUUGCCCAGUUGAAAGCUUUUAAAAAAACUUAUAACUCCACUGAUAAAUGUGCUAGUGCUACAACUGAUCCUCAAGCCUUGGCUUUGAUGGAAAAUGCUCAUCAAUACUCAUUGCCUAAGGACCUUGAAAACCAAGCUUGGUUCUCUAACUCAGGUGUUUCACGCCAUCUUACUUUUAAUCCUUAUUUCUUACACUCUAAGAAAUUGUAUAAUGGUCUAAGUCAUGUCAAUAUAGCCAAUGGUCUAUCUUAA